CCCAAUAGGAAAGACGGCUCUGGCAGCGAGUGAUUCCCCCUCCAAUCGUGCUGUCUUGAGGGACAUGAGAUCUGCAGUGCUCAUUUCUCCUCAAGAUUUCUGCUCCGUCAAGGCUGGCAAAGUGCCCUUGAAUUUCAAACCGGAGCUCAGCUCAUCUUAGGGAAGGUCGGAAUGGGUGUGUGCGCGCUUGAAGCAGAGACAAGCAUGUUAGUUCACGUCCUCUAGGAAAAAAUGUCCAUAAAUCAUGUGGCUGUCACAUCAAGAUAAAGGGAACAAGGGUAGGGUCCUGAGGAUCGUAGCCUUUAUGUGGGAGACAGAUUCCUGGAAUUUCAGCAGAUGCAUGAAGGAUUGCCCAGAGCAGACAGAUACCUGCCUUCCUACAAAGGGGAAGAAUGUGAGCACAGAUCUGUUGCAUUGUCCCCUUCACUGCUCUGACACUUUUUUUCUGGAGAAUAAUCGGCCUGCCAGGAUUUGUUUCUUAGAGAUUUUCCUGCUUCGCUGCCCCACUGCACAGCUGUAUCUCUCCAACCCUCUGAGCAGGUUGAAAUAAAGAAGUGCCACAAGGAAAGAUGGCGCUUAACCACUGGCUGCUGCUUCUGCUGCUGCAAGUACUGCAUGAGGUGACAGGUACCAGGGUAAAACUCAACAUGGGCGGUUUUGAAGACGUCGUCAUCGCAAUCAAUCCCCAGAUCCCGGAAGACAACAAAAUGGUGGAUGCCAUCAAGGACAUGGUGAAAGAGGCAUCAACUUAUCUCUUCAGUGCUACACGGCAAAGGUUUUAUUUCAAGACUGUGAAAGUUAUAAUUCCUUCCACAUGGGAACCGAAAAAUGAAUAUCAAAGAGUAACUACAGAAUCCUACGAUAAGGCAGAUGUCAUAGUGGCGGAUCAUUACUUGAAACAUGGAGAUGAUCCCUACACCCUACAGUAUGGUGGAUGUGGGGAACCUGGGCGAUACAUUCAUUUCACUCCUAACUUCCUGACAAAUGACAAGUUGCAUAAUGCUUAUGGUCCACGAGGCAGGGUCUUUGUCCACGAAUGGGCUCAUCUCAGAUGGGGUGUCUUUGAUGAAUACAACAAUGAUGCACCUUUCUACACUCCUGGGGGAGACAACUUGCCUGAAGCAACAAGAUGCUCAGCUGGUUUCACUGGUCAAUACAUAUUCCCGCUUGGUGGAAAAAGUUACAGAGAUUGCAAAAUUGACCACCGAACUCAGCUGUAUGAACAUGGUUGUCUGUUUGUUCCAAAAAGACAUCAAGAUACUGCAGCUUCUAUAAUGUACUUGCAAAGCCUCCCUUCAGUUACUCAGUUCUGUGACAAAAGCAACCAUAAUAUUAAAGCAACAAAUUUGCAGAAUAAAAUGUGCAACUACAGGAGCACCUGGGAAGUAAUUAUGGCCUCUCCCGACUUUGCCAGUUCAUCUCCAAUAAUGGUUCCCCCACCUGAUCCCACUGUCUCCUUGCUGCAAAAACAGGACAGAGUUUUGUGUCUAGUGCUUGAUGUUUCCGGGAGCAUGGAUGCGAACAAUCGCACUGUUCGGCUGAAACAAGCUGCAGAAAUAUUCCUCCUGCAGGUUAUUGAAGCGGGAUCCUGGGUUGGAAUAGUUACAUUCAGUAGCACAGCAGCAGUUAAGACUCAUUUGAAGCAGAUCAGUAAUGACAGUAUGCGCAAAACUCUCACAGAGUACCUGCCCACCAGAACUACUAGAGGAACCAACAUAUGUUCUGGAGUGCGGUCAGGAUUUCAGGUGUUUCUACACAAGUAUGGAAGUACCAAAGGCUGUGAAAUCGUUCUCUUGACAGAUGGAGAAGAUACAGCUAUAAGCUCUUGCUUUGAUGAAGUUCAAAGAAGCGGGUCUAUAAUUCACACCAUUGCUUUGGGAUCAAAUGCUACAAAAGACCUAGAAACAUUGGCAGACAAGACGGGGGGUCUGAAAUUUUCUAUCACUGACAGUGUGGAUUCCAACAGCCUCAUCGAUGCUUUCAGUGGACUUUCUUCAGGAAGUGGAGAUAUCAGUCAACAAUCUAUUCAGCUUGAAAGUAGAGGGCAAAGCGUCGGUUCCCAAGACCAGCUGAAUGGUAUUGUAACCAUUGAUAAAACAGUGGGGAAUGACACUUUCUUUGUGGUGACGUGGGGCACAUCCCCACCAGAAAUUCUGCUCACAGAUCCCAAAGGAAGAGAGUACACCGAAAAAGACUUUGCAGUUGAUAAUACCAACGUCCGAACAGCUCGCCUCAAGAUUGAUGGAACCGCAGAGACAGGGGAGUGGAUUUAUUCAAUUAAGAACACACAUUCGGGAGCACAAGUCAUAUCAAUAACGGUAACCACUCGAGCAGCCUCUGCCUCUGUGCCUCCUUUGAUUGUGAAGUCCUACACGAAAAGCGAUACCAAUAAGUUUCCUAGUCCGAUGGUUAUUUAUGCAGAAGUCAGCCAAGGAUUCUUGCCUGUCAUUGGUGCAAAAGUCACAGUGACGGUCGAACCAGAGAUUGGAACACCAGUAGAACUGGAGCUUUAUGAUGAUGGUUUGGGCGCCGAUAUUCUCAAGAAUGACGGAAUCUACUCAAGGUAUUUCACAUCAUUCAGAGGAAAUGGUAGACACAAUAUCAAAGUGCGUGUCCAAGGAAAAGACCAGACCCUCAGACGGUCCCGUAGACAGAGUCAAGCUUUAUAUCUAACAGGAUUUGUAGAAGAAGAUGGUCAAAUAACAAUGAACCCCCCCAAACCUGAACCUACAGAUGAUGAACUCCAAACCAAUCUAGGAAGCGUCAGUAGAGUUGCCUCAGGUGGUUCCUUUGUAGUAUCAGGAGUCCCUUUGGAAAACACCAUCACAGAUGUUUAUCCACCCUCUAAAAUUUCUGACCUUGAGGUAAAACUAGAUGAGGAUGAUGAUCAUUUCUGUUUGGCAUGGACGGCUCCUGGGAAUGACUAUGAUACAGGACAAGCUGAAAGAUAUGAAAUAAAAAUGAGUGGAAAUCCCUUGGAAUUAAGACAUGGAACUUUUGAUGACGCCACUUCUGUGAACACUACUGGACUUGCAGUGGAAAUUUCUGGGGUCAGACAAAUGUUUCGGUAUAAGCCCCACAACUUCACGAAAGAAAAUGGCACCUCCAUCUACUUUGCAAUUCGUGCCAUUGAUGGCAGCAGCAACGUUGGAGAAGUAUCUAACAUAGCAAGAGCAGUUGUGCUUCUUCCUGCGUUGCCACCUACUCCUGCUAGUCCAGUUACAACUUCUACUGCUCACACCACUCCAGAUGACAAAUACUCUGUUUCGCCUACUCCGGAUGACAAACAUACAACUCCCUCUAAUGUGAAACCCACCUGUGCUAAUGAUACCAACACAAUAAAUACCACUAUGGAAACUGUGAUCAUCGUAUGUGCUUCUGCAAUUAUAAUUUGUGCUAUUGUGAGUAUAACAGUUUGUGUUUUACGUAAGCAGAGAUACAGAAGUUAUGACACUUGCAUGGAUAUUACUGCUGUUAAUAAGAAUGCCCUCACUAUUUUGUAAAGGAUAAUAUAUUUUAUUAACUGUUUUAAUGUUUAUAAACAAAAUAUUGAAACAAACAAGAACAAACACUACUCAAAACAUAACCUGGGUGUCUGCCCACAAACUCUUGGCACUACGACGAAAAUGAGAGUGCUGGAGAUGAUUUUACAUAUUCACAAUAAAAAAUAACAGUGCUUUAUAAGCCUCAUGUGCUGUUUUUGUCUCAGCAUCUAUAUUUUAAAGCCAGCAACCAAUAUUAAAUGGGGAUCAUAUACAAUCAAGUAUAUAGAUUUUUGAGAGACAGGUGGUAGACUCCUGGUAAUAAACUAUGAGAGAGUACCAUGUAGUAUACUCUCAAAUGUACUUUCAAUUUUGACUCCCUGCAAACAUCUGGUUUUUCCUCCAUUAUCUUUUCCAUAGCAGCCAACCCCUAAACUUUGACCCACCGGGCUGUGAAAGUAAAUAGUGUAUGGUAUCUAUAGUGAUGCGCUAUUUCUAAUUGGAAUGCUCCCAAUACAAAAAAGGAUGAACGUCUUGUUGCUUGUAUUCCGUAUAGUUCCUGGCUGUAACAGAGCGAAGGCCGAGUCCACUGUAAUAAUUUGGAGUACAGUAGCAAAGAUUUCUUGAAAAACUCUCUGCCAAAUUUGACAACAGGGCACUCCCAUCGCAUAUUGCUAAAACUUCAGAUGCGGCAUUUGAAAUAGGAAUGCACCAUAGAUCGGCCAUUAAAUCCCUUCAAACGACAGCAAUAAAUAUGCAAUCUUGUAUGGGGCCCAUCACUGUAAUUUAUGAGCAACAGGAUUUCUCCAAGUCCUUGGAGUGACUGACAUUUGGGUGAGGAGAAAACAGAUCACACUUGAGGAGAUACUCAAAGAAACGAUUGACUAGCUAUUGAACGCUAGUGGGUUAUUCUUAAAUGCUAUUUCAUAAGUUCAGAGCUAGAUGGUGCUGGUGUGACCUUUUUCUCCCAAUGAUAUGUAAAAUUUGUUCAAGGGAUGUAAACGGGCUCAUAAAACGCUGUGAAGAGGAGACAGAUACGGAAUGUUAUUAAAAUGGAGAGUCUCAUGAUAGAGUUGCUGCAGGAAAACCAUAAAAAACGUGGGCUGAUUGAUUCUUCAAUCAUUUAAAAGUUGCAAUGCCUGGGUUUUUCUUAUUAAAAUAUCUCCCAGGAGUCUGCAGGUUGUUUAGUGUCAUCGGAAUACUUUUAAAUACUUGGUUGUUGCUUUUUAAUCUUUUUACAAUUCAUUUUAAUAUUUGCUUCCAUAUUUUUGUAAACAGAGAUUUUUUAUUUAUUUUUUACAAUCAAGUGCUCUUUACAUUUUGCUAAAUAAACGUGAAAGGGGAUUUCCUAUUCCCUUAUAUCUGUCUCCGUUGGAGCUCUAUUUUGCUUUGUUGAAACUCCAUA